CGCACAAGCAGCCAGGUGAUCAGCCAAGCCCGCGGCCAUUUUUAGUCUUCCCGCGCUGGGAGUCCGACUCCAUGCAGGAACCAGACAACGGCACCAGAAGAAUCGAGACUCUCUCCUUUUAAUGUUUCACUGGCAUCGAGCUCAUCCUCUGUUCUCUCUCUUUCUCUCUUUCUGUAGAUCUCUUACCAUCAUCUACUCCGUCGUUCUACACAGGAUCUGACACAUCAACCAUGUGCAAGCACAUCCUCAACGCUCAGGUGGCCAUCCGGUCUCCAUGCUGCCGGAAAUGGUUUGACUGUGCUGAAUGUCACUAUGAGCAGGAAAGCCACCCCCUGAUGCAGUCUUUUGAUAUGACCUUUGCCUGUAAGAAGUGCAAAAAGUGCUUCCGCAAAGACACGUCAGAGUUCGAGGACAGCGACGAGUAUUGCCCGCAUUGCGAUAACCACUUCGUUAUCGAGGCGAAGACCCCCACACCCGCCUUGAGGGUCGAGGGCGAGGAUGCCCGUAUCGACUCUAGAUUCCUCAAAGACGACCGCGUACGAGGUACUGCGGAGCGUUCUAUCUUCAAUGUCCGAGAUGCGGCGGACCGGCUAGGCUAGUGCGUAGAAGUCGCAGGAUUACGAAGAUACGAUUUUAGACGAUGCCUUCGGGCGUCAACCUGCUUCUGUUUUGACUGCGUGAGAUAUCCAGAUACGGCAGUAGAUACGUUAUGGUGUACAGGUGCAGAAUUCAAGAUUCUUUUUGUUUUA